AUGGCUCCUCCAGCCCAAGAGCAUCAGUUUGUGCAUCCUGAGGCUGCGCAUGCCAUGAGGAGAGCCCCAAGCCUCUUUGUUAUACCCCCCAUCUACGCGCUUGGUAUCUUCUUUGUCACAGCCUUGUUUGCAGCCUUGUUCAAUCCCAUCCAGGACUGUGACGAGACCUUUAACUUUUGGGAACCGACUCACUACCUCUCCCAUGGCUAUGGACUGCAGACCUGGGAGUGGUCGCCUGAAUAUGGCAUCAGAGACUGGUUGUAUAUUGCUCCCCAUGCAAUAUUGAGUCUUAUUCGCCGCCUUGGGGAGUUCUACUUCGUCCGUUAUGUUCUGGCUGCCGUCUGCGCCCUCUGUCAGACCAUCCUCUACCGUGUCAUCACUCUUACCAUUCAUCCCCGAAUCGGCGCUUUCUUCAUCUUGGCCACCGUCCUCAGUGCUGGCAACUUCCAUGCCAGCACCGCCUAUGUCCCUUCCAGUUUCACCAUGUACACGGGCAUGCUCGGGGCUGCAGCCUUCAUGACCUGGGAGGGAGCCCCGCGCACAGCGGCUGGAAUUGCAUGGUUUGCUGCUGGCGGUAUUAUUGGCUGGCCGUUCGCCAUGUUUUUGUGCGCUCCAUUCCUGCUGGAGGAGGCUCUGUUCGUGGCUGUGAGCUUGCGGGACUCCGACCGCUUCCUCUUCGCAGCCAAGCGCAUCUUCCAGGGUUGUGGCGUCGCGUUACUCAUACUGGCCGCCGACUCACUUGUCAAUUCCUACUUCUACAGGAAGCCCGGCAUCGUCGUAGCAUGGAACAUUAUCGACUACAACGUACUCUCAAAGGGUGGCGGUCCCAAUCUAUACGGCACGGAGCCAUGGACGUUUUAUUUCAAGAACCUGACCCUCAACUUCAAUCUCUGGUUCUUACUAUCUCUCGUGGCCCUGCCGCUGUUCGCUCUACAGAAGAUCUUCGCUCCCUCCGGCCGCGGGUUCUCGUCCGGUCUGAGGACGGUCGUUUUUCUCUCGCCCUUCUACAUCUGGUUUGGUCUCUUCACUUUGCAGCCACAUAAAGAGGAGCGUUUCAUGUACCCAGCGUAUCCUUUCCUGGCCCUCAAUGCUGCGGUCUCCGCCCAUAUUCUCCUCACAUUUCUCGGGCACAUCAGUCGAAGAACCGUGAUCGGAAAGAUUCCCGCCAAGAUCAGGCUCCUCGGUUUCGUGGUGGUGCCAUUCCUGCUCGUCGUCUCUGUGACGGUGCUCCGCAUUAUCGGGGUGUACACGGCGUAUGGCGCGCCGUUGUCUCUGUAUGAGCCUCUCGGUGCAGGAGUUCGCGAUGGGCAAAUUGGUGAAGUUGGGGAGCGUGGCGAUUUCGUCUGCUAUGGAAAGGAAUGGUAUCGAUUCCCUACCUCCUACUUCCUCCCUCGCCAGAUGCAGGCCAAAUUCAUCCGUUCAGAAUUCCGUGGACUUCUUCCCGGGGAGUUUGCCCACCACUCGAACAAAGCCGGCCUCUUGUCUGGGACGUGGAUGAUACCAGAAGGCAUGAAUGACCGCAAUGAGGAGGACAUGGGAAAGUACACGGACAUUGGCCACUGCAAUUUUCUGGUGGAUACGCAAUACCCUCUCAAUAUGGAGAAGGGUUUGACUCUGCCUCCCAAUGAGCCCGACUAUGUCGCUGACACGGACAACUGGGAGGUGGUCAAGUGCCUUCCAUUCCUCGACGCAGGAAACACAGGCCUCAUUCCCAGGAUGUUAUAUGUCCCUGCCUGGAGCUUCAUCCCCGAGAAGUUCCAACGAAAAUGGGGACAGCACUGCCUGCUCCGGCGGCGAGCCCCCGCUAUGCCUGCUGGCGGUGCAUAA